GUAAGUACAUGUUUUUGUUAUUCAAGUCUAUUAUGAGUAAAUGUUGGAAAUAUUUUCAAUGUUUAAACUAAAAAAAAUUAUGGUAAGACUGACAAGUCGGAGUUGUCAUACAGAUUAAGUUUAUUAAGUUGUAACUUUUGACAUUUCAGUAACAAAGGAACACGACGACACACUACUUGUGCACAUAAAUUUUAUGCUACAUAGAAACUACUGUUUACAGGUGCUCCAAUUGCUGACUGUAGUUUUCUACAGGAACCAGCAGCUGAAAUGGAAAGCAAGACGAACAUGAGUGCAGAUUAUUUUGAGGAUUGGGAAGAAUACGGCAAAUGUGACAACGUCGUGGCGGCAGAAUUCAGCCACGUGUUUCUCCCUUUGAUCUACAGUUUGGUGUUCGUCUUCGGGAUUCUGGGUAAGUGUCACGAAAGCUCAUCAAUUCCAUUCGCUACUUUCUUACAUGCUUUUUUUGUCAUGAGUAAAAUGUAUUUCGGUAUGUCUAUUAACGCAUGCUUUUGUGGCUCUGAAGGCAACAGCCUUGUGAUCUGUAUCACGGUGAUGUAUCGAAACCAAGCCACGAUGGCCGACGUCUGUGUCUUCAACCUGGCUCUCUCCGAUACGCUCUUCAUCCUCAUGCUGCCCUUCUACGCUCACCACGAACGGGUGGGACAGUGGACAUUGGGAGACUCCAUGUGCCAUUUCGUUGGCGGCUCCAUCCGCACUGGCUUUUUCAGCAGCAUCUUCUUCAUGCUGAUCUUGACCCUAGACCGCUACGCGCUCAUCAUGCACGGCCACAGGGUGGCGUACCACCGCACCAAAAGAGUGGGCGUGGUCCUCUCUGUGACCGUGUGGCUGCUGAGCGUGUGCGUGUCCAUUCCGUCCUUCGUGUUCACUAAAGUGAGCGAAGAGACAGACUGCAAGUUCGAUCCGGAGGAUGAGAGCUGGGAAAAGUAUGACCUCCUCACCUCCAACAUUUUAGGGCUGGCUCUCCCCCUGCUGGUGAUGGUCUUCUGCUACACCAGGGUCGUCCCCCUGCUGGUGAAAAUGAAGAGUGCAAAGAAGCUUCGAGUCGUCAAGCUCAUCAUCACCGUCGUGGUCAUCUUCUUUGUUCUGUGGCUGCCCUACAACAUCAGCCUUCUGUUCCUCUUCCUCUACCAGUUUGACUAUCUGUCGGAGACCUGCACCACACAACAUCACACCAGGCUGUCUGUGGUGGUGACGGAGGCGCUUGCUUUCACUCACUGUUGCCUCAAUCCUUUCAUAUACGUCUUUGCUGGACAGAAAUUUAGGCGGCGCGCUCUUGCCAUGGUGAAGAACUUCGAUUGGGGAUUGAUUGAUAUGAACUCCUCCAGAGUUCAACGCCUCAGUCGGAAAAGUUCCAUUUCGUCCAGGAGUUCGGAAACAUUCGUCAUGUAGCCCGUGAGUGGCACAGUCAGUCGAUCGAGAAACCAACUCUGCUACAUGGGUGAUGAUAGCUCCAAAACAGGAACGUUCUUGGGCACGUUCUUGUCUCAUACCCACAUCCUGGGCCACUUGCUUGCCACCAUACAAUGACUCUUUACUUCAAGGGAGCCUGUUCAUUUGCAGUCCUCCAUAACAAAUGAUGACAAAGCAGAUCCGUCAUUGCGAGUCACACUGGACUAAAUAGAAAACUCUAAAUCCCAGUGUAGGAGAACCGUGAAAAAAUGGAUGAAGGAAAUGGGUGAAGCGCAUCAGACAUAUACAAGCUCUUACAUUAACAACACACAGGAUAAAAAUCGCUUCACAGCAUAAAUAAAGUGCAUGAAAUGGCUCUGUUUUGGCAACUUCUCCUACUCACGUUUGCUUUCUGUACUAUUUUAAUGUACAUAGCUAUUCAUAUAUUGGCAAGAAUAUUUUAACAGCAAUAAAUGGCGAGGAACUUUUUAAAUCAUGUUAAUCAAAUUACUGUUUAUGCAGUAAUAUUUCUCUGACUGUGGAAACCAUUAUGAAUGGCUGAGCACAAAGAAGGAGGCAAAUGUUGACAAGUACAGGACAAAGGGACUUUACAGUGCACCAAGACUGAAGGCCUUGCAUGUAAUGUAACAGCCACAGCUUGUUUCAAGUUUCUUGUAUGGUGACUCAUUUGUAUAUUGUGACACAUUAAAAUGAUCUCUGAAUGUCAAGGCCGGUUGCAGCCUACGCCAUUUCAGAUGACGUUAUUAAACAAAGCAAUCAAUAAAACAACUGCCAUGACUCGUGAAUCACGUGGCUCACUGCAAUAAGGAAAUAAAUAGCAGUUCUUUAUUUCUGUC